UGGUACUCCAUGGUUGUGCAAGGCUUACAUCGAGACAUUUCACCAUCAAGUAGCAUGCACAGUUGACUGAUACGUACUGACAGCCUCAUACACAACUGAUACAGAUACUCGUGUUGUCUGCGUUAGGGAAACAUAUUUUGACUGUAAAAGUUUUGACAAGCGCAUAUUAAAGACUCUGCUCACGUCGUCGCGAUGCUUCUCUACAUCCGACGUGUCAAGUUUCACUUUCAACAACUGCUCUGACUGCAUCUGUCACUGCUAAAAUAAACCGCAUGUCCUCUUUGGUAUCAGAAUCAUUUAGCAUCUUUUAACGUAUCACCAGCUUAAUCGUUAGAGAGGAAAGCUCUGAGAUCACCCUUUAUUCCACAUGGUGUGGACUAUCCCACGACUGUCCACAGCUCUUCGAGCAUUUGGCACGGUCUCUGAAAAAUUAGAUGCUGCUGAAGAUGCAAAGUAUGGAAAAGAUAUUUUUGAACGCAAGGCUUUGGAGUUAGAACGGCAGAGCAGAACAUGUAUUUCUUGGGCUAAGAUCUCAACUGCAGUGCAAAGAAGUGCUAAGGCAGAAAAAAAUGAAGUUGCAGAUGUAAUAAAGCAACUUUUAGCAUGUGCUAAAGCAAUAGCUGGACCAGAGUCAUCGCCUGAUACAGUAGAAAGUGCAGCAGCUUAUCUGUUUGAAAUCUUUAAAAAUGCACAGACUUUGGGUCAGUCUGAAGCCUGCAGUUUGCGCAACACCUUUGGGCCGUAUCCUGCAACUCAGGCAACAAAAGCUUGUCAGCUCGUGAACAAGAUUGUGUUCUGGUUACCAGAAAAAAUACUGCUAGAGUUGUCCUCAGAAUCGGACCAGCGUGAAGAUGGAGAUGGUGCUGAGACCAGGAAGAAUUUGGUGUUGGGAUUAAAUUUACAUUUGACAGUUUCCAGGAGAGCGAAGAUUUCUCCAGCUCUGAGUCAGAAGAGGAGUCAUCCACAGCCACAAAGGAAAUUAACCUGUUGUAUAUUGGAGAGACUUCCAGGGAGAAGAAGGCUCGAAAGGGCAAAGAAAAUGAUGUAGCAGAUGGUACUGAAGCUAUAGACUCAUUAUGGCUUCAGAAGCAGCUGCAACCUUACUUUACAAGCAGGGAUAUGGGGCCAUGGCAAAGUAUUGGAGAAUUGAAUGUCACACUGGUUAAUGUGCUGUCUUCAUCACGAUCAAAUGAUGAACUGCAGAAUGAGUUAUUUGACUUGCUGGGUUUUGACCGCUUUGAGCUGAUCCAGAGUCUGCUGGAAAACCGAAGGAGCUUGGUAAAGAAUGUAGCGCUGGAGGCAACAAGAGAGGCUAUUCUUCAGGCUCCUAAAAGUAAAAGGGAAGCAGAGCGACCAAACUAUGGAUGUCAAGUUACAGUUCAGUCUGUAGAAGAACGGCAGCUACAGAAGCAGAUCCGGCGUGAAGAAAAACGGAUUAACAGAAAAGAAGGCAAAAAGGGAGAAGUUCAAGACAUGACAAAUGAUACAUUUGACAUUCAUCAUAUGCGACAAGCCAGAGAAAUGGCAUUGCGCACAGCAAAAACUAAACCAUUACUCACAGGAAGAACCCAAAGGGUACCAGGACGUGAAAAGUAUCCAUUUGUCUUUGACUUAUAUGAGGAGGCUAAGCAAUCCUCGGCCUUUGUCACGGGCACCAAGCUUGUGCUACCAGAGGGAUUCAUUCAUAAAGACGACAAAUUGUAUGAGGAGAUCAUUAUUCCACCUAGUGAUCCUGCUCCAACAGACAUAGGCAAGGACAGAGUUGCUGUUGAGUCUCUUGAUGAGAUUGCUCGCUUGGCCUUUAGAGGCACCAAGUCCUUAAACCGCAUCCAGUCAGUGGUAUUUGAGGCUGCUUACAAUUCUAAUGAAAAUCUGCUGAUUUGUGCACCAACUGGUGCAGGCAAAACCAACAUCGCAAUGUUGACAAUACUACAUGAGCUGAAGCAGCACUUAAUACAAGGUGUCAUCAAGAAGGAUGAAUUCAAGAUUAUAUAUGUAGCACCCAUGAAGGCAUUGGCAGCUGAAAUGGUUCGUAACUUUGGAGGACGGCUAGAGCCGUUGGGAAUCGCUGUGCGUGAACUUACAGGUGACAUGACUCUCACAAAGCAAGAAAUUCUGAAGACACAGAUGUUGGUAACAACUCCUGAGAAAUGGGAUGUGGUGACAAGAAAGAGCACUGGGGAUGUGGCUCUCACCCAGAUUGUACGUCUGCUUAUCAUUGAUGAGGUGCAUCUUCUACAUGAUGAUCGUGGACCUGUCAUUGAGAGCCUGGUUGCCAGGACACUUAGACAGGUGGAAACUUCUCAAAGCAUGAUUCGUAUUGUUGGCUUAUCAGCAACAUUGCCAAACUACAUUGAUGUGGCACAUUUUCUUCGUGUCAGCCCAUAUCAUGGACUUUUCUUCUUUGAUGGUCGUUUUCGUCCAGUGCCUCUUGGCAUGACAUUUAUAGGCAUUAAAGCAUUGAAUAAGGUGCAACAGCUGCGAGAUAUGAACAGCUUGUGCUAUGAGAAAGUUCUACAGCAGGUUAAAAAUGGUCACCAGGUAAUGGUUUUCGUCCAUGCACGUAAUGAGACAGUACGAACAGCUAUGACGAUGCGUGACAUGGCCAAGAAUAAUGGAGACAUUGGCCACUUUGUACCUGAACAGACACCCAAAUAUGGAGAAGCAGAGAAAAAUAUCCUGCGUUCUCGCAACAAACAGUUGAGGGAGCUUUUUCCUGAUGGCUUUGCUAUGCACCAUGCAGGAAUGCUUCGGCAAGACCGCAACCUGGUUGAGCGAUACUUUGCUGAAGGACACAUCAAAGUUUUGUGCUGUACUGCCACAUUAGCCUGGGGAGUAAACCUUCCAGCUCAUGCAGUUAUCAUUAAGGGAACUCAGCUAUAUGAUGCCAAGCAUGGUUCGUUUGUAGACUUGGGCAUCCUGGAUGUCAUGCAAAUAUUUGGUCGUGCAGGCCGUCCACAGUAUGACACAUUUGGUCAUGGAACAAUUAUCACCACUCAUGACAAGCUGUCUCAUUAUCUGUCUCUAAUGACUCGUCAGAAUGCCAUUGAGAGUCAGUUUAUAAACAGUCUCACAGACAAUUUGAAUGCUGAGGUUGCACUAGGCACAGUAAGCAACAUCGAAGAAGCAGUAAAAUGGCUGAGUUACACCUAUCUGUUUGUCCGCAUGCGAAUCAAUCCUCUUGUCUACGGCAUUUCUUAUGACCAGCUGGAGAAUGAUCCCCUGUUGGAAAAGCAUCGAUAUGAUCUGAUUGUAAAUGCCGGACGCAAGCUGGACAAGGCACGCAUGGUGCGUUUUGAUGAAAGCACAGGCUAUAUGCAUCCUACUGACACUGGCAGGAUUGCUAGCCACUUCUACAUCAAAUAUGAUACUGUUGAGGUUAUCAAUGAGAACUUUAAAGCCAUGAUGACUGAGGGUGACAUUUUUUCUUUGGUAUCCCAUGCUCAGGAGUUUGAUCAAAUUAAGGUCCGUGAGGAUGAGAUGGAAGAACUGGACCUUCUGACUGAAGCUGGCUGUGAGAUGAGAGUGCCUGGUGGCAAGGAGAACACACAUGGCAAAGUCAACAUCCUUCUGCAAGCCUAUGUUUCCAAAUCCCCUGUGGAUUCCUUCUCUCUCAUAUCUGAUAUGGCUUAUGUAGCCCAGAAUGCCGGCCGAAUAAUGCGGGCACUGUUUGAAAUGGCCAUACGAAAGGGUUGGCCGAUUAUGACUGGCCGGCUGCUGGAACAGUGCAAGACAAUUGACAAGAGGCUGUGGGCUUUUGAACACCCUUUGCGACAGUUUCCCAUUCUGCCUGCAGAGAUCCUUGACAAACUAGAGAAGAAAAGACUGACAGUAGAGAGGCUGAAAGAGAUGGACCCCAAAGAAAUAGGUGCCAUGAUCAACCAUGUCAAGAUGGGACCAACAAUCAAACGCUGUGUGAGCCAAUUGCCUGCCUUGGAGCUGGAUGCCAGCAUCCAACCUAUCACACGGACCGUCUUACGUGUGCGACUGGACAUCAAGGCAGACUUUCACUGGGAUGACAAGGUUCAUGGAAGUUCAGAACCAUUCUGGAUCUGGGUAGAGGACCCUGAGAAUAAUCACAUCUAUCACUCAGAGUACUUCAUUCUUCACAAGAAGCAGACUUUAUCUGGAGAACCUCAGACAGUUGUGUUCACCAUUCCCAUCUUUGAGCCACUGCCCACCCAGUACUAUGUUCGUGCUUUGUCAGAUAGAUGGAUCGGCUCAUCAUCCACUUGUGCCAUCUCCUUCCAACAUCUCAUUCUUCCAGAGAAACAUCCUCCACACACAGAGCUUUUGGAUCUCCAGCCUUUACCAGUGACUGCUUUAAAUGAUGCCCAUCUGGAAGCCUUGUAUAAUUUCACCCACUUCAAUCCAGUGCAAACACAAAUCUUCCACACAUUGUACCAUAGUAAUUGCAACGUUUUGCUUGGUGCACCUACAGGCUCUGGCAAAACAGUUGCCGCAGAAUUAGCUAUUUUUCGGGUCUUUCGAGAAUUUCCUAAGUUCAAGUGUGUGUAUAUUGCACCACUAAAAGCCCUGGUGAGGGAAAGGAUGGAAGACUGGAAAGUGCGCAUUGAGCAAAAGCUGGGCAAAAAGGUUGUGGAGCUCACUGGAGAUGUGACCCCUGACAUGCGUGCUGUAGCAAAUGCUGAUUUGAUUGUCACCACACCAGAGAAAUGGGAUGGUGUCAGCAGAUCCUGGCAGACUCGCAGCUAUGUAAAAGCUGUGGCCCUUCUUGUCAUUGAUGAGAUACAUCUCCUAGGUGAUGAACGAGGGCCUGUCCUGGAAGUGAUUGUUUCUCGUACAAACUUCAUCUCCUCUCAUACAUCUCACAAAGUCCGAAUUGUUGGGCUGUCAACAGCAUUGGCCAAUGCUCGUGACUUGGCAGACUGGCUUGGCAUUAAGGAGAUGGGUCUGUUCAACUUCCGACCUUCUGUACGGCCUGUACCACUGGAAGUGCAUGUGAAGGGAUUUCCUGGCCAGCAUUACUGUCCUCGUAUGUCUACCAUGAACAAACCAUGCUUCCAAGCUAUUCAAACACACUCACCAACAAAGCCAGUCCUCAUCUUUGUGUCAUCACGACGUCAGACUCGAUUAACUGCCUUGGACCUCAUUGCAUUUUUGGCAGCAGAGGAAAACCCAAGGAAGUGGCUACACAUGCCUGAUCUGGAGAUGGAAAAUAUUAUCAGUGGUAUCCGUGACAACAACUUGAAACUGAUGCUAGCUUUUGGCAUUGGUAUUCAUCAUGCUGGUCUGGUGGAGCGAGACCGAAAGACUGUUGAGGAGCUCUUUGUCAAUCAACGCAUCCAGGUUCUGAUAGCCACUAGCACACUGGCUUGGGGAGUGAACUUUCCUGCUCACUUGGUCAUCAUUAAGGGCACAGAGUACUUUGAUGGGAAGACUAGUAGAUAUGUGGACUUUCCUAUUACAGACGUUCUUCAGAUGAUGGGUCGUGCUGGAAGGCCACAAUUUGAUGACUCUGGAAUUGCUGUGAUUUUUGUACAUGAUGUCAAGAAACAUUUCUACAAGAAGUUCCUGUAUGAGCCCUUCCCUGUGGAAUCUAACCUACUAGAGGUCUUGCCUGACCACAUGAAUGCUGAGAUUGUAGCUGGUACUGUUACCUCCAAGCAGGAUGCCAUGGAUUAUCUUACCUGGACCUAUUUCUUCAGGCGCCUGGUGAUGAACCCCACUUUCUAUGAUCUGCACGGCGUAGACUGUGACCACAUCAACCAUUUUUUGUCUGCCCUGGUUGAGAAAGCCUUGCAGGAACUUGAGACAUCAUACUGCCUACAGAUUGGCGAUGAUGCUUCUAGUAUCAGCCCACUGACAAUGGGCCGCAUAGCCUCGUACUACUACAUCAGCCACCACACGGCACGCAAUUUUGUGGAGCACCUCAAGGAUGACGCCAGCAUACCAGACCUUCUGGACAUCCUUUCAAAUGCACAAGAAUAUGCCUAUCUGCCAGUUCGCCAUAAUGAGGACCAAAUCAACAGCGAGCUGGCUACCAAGCUCCCAUUGGCUGUCAGUCCGCACUCAUUCGACUCGGCCCACACCAAGACACAUUUGCUGUUGCAAGCUCACUUUAGCCAAGUCACCCUGCCUUCCACAGACUACCACACUGACACCAAGUCAGUACUAGACCAAGCUAUUCGUAUUUUGCAGGCUAUGCUGGACAUGUGUGCUGACCAGGGAUGGCUGGUGACCUCGCUGCAGAUCAUCAUACUUCUCCAGAUGGUAGUGCAGGGAUGCUGGUGGCACGACUCCUCCCUUCUCAUGCUACCUUUCAUAGAGCAAUACCACCUGGCAUGGUUUAGGCCUCAGCACAGUCAAGGAGCAAGGAAAAAGGGUUCUGUUAAUUUAACGUUUCCAAUUGAGUGUUUACCUGAGUUGAUGGCUGCCUGUGAUGAAAGAGAAGACUUCUUGUACGGACUACUAUCAGAUGAACUGUCUCGCUCUCAUAUUGAUCAGAUCACCAGGGUUGUGGAGCAACUGCCACGUUUGGAGGUGAGCCUUGAACUGCGUGGCGAUGAACAGGCUGUGAAACAAGUUCACACCAUGCAUAAUGGGGGCUUGAGACCUGACAGUGAUUGGAUCCCUGUACAUGCUGACAAGGAGUACACCCUGCAUGUCAUUCUUUCACGCAUUAACAGAAGCAAGAAAUCGGACACUAAAGCUUAUGCACCACGUUUUCCUAAGCCUAAGGACGAGGGCUGGAUUCUAGUGGUUGGAGCCAUUGAAACUCGGGAAGUGUUGGCACUGAAAAGAAUUGGCUACAUUCGUGGUCGUACAACGACACACCUGGCACUGUUCACACCAAAGACACAAGGUCGUACAAUCUACACCUUGUAUCUCAUGAGUGACAGCUACAUCGGCCUGGAUCAGCAGUUUGACAUUUGCCUUGAUGUUCUGCCACUCCACCUGAGCUCUAAAAGCAGCACAGACAUGGCUGGCCACCUGCAUGACUUGGAGUGUGACAGUCAGGAAGGUGGUCAGAAAUGACCAUGAACUAAUUGUUAGCUUCUGAGAAAUAUGUGAGGCAUCAUUGUGCUAGAAAUGUUGUGGAGCUUUAAUAGAAGACUUAACUGAUUGUGCAAGAAUUGAAGAUUUAUUCAUUACUUUCACAAGUUUCAGUUCAGUCUUUGAAUUCAACAGUUCAGAAUAGUGCGUUGCAAGACAUGGUCGUCUGAAGAAUAUACUUAGUUUUGAACAGUAAUCAAAAUCAUUAAGACUGUUCUGAUAAAGUCAGCCUUAAUUUUCUUUGGACAUUUCAUUGCAAAAAAAUCUUAAACAGUGUACCUUUUAUUGGUUAUUAAAACCUUUGACAUAUUAAACAUCUUGUGUUAAAGAUUUUUAUUUAUCUGUCACUUAUAGUCUAAGCUACUUUUAACCAGUCUUUUGUAGAUUCUUAGUGGCAUAUCUCCUGUCAUCCCUCAGAGAUCACACCAGUAUUUGUAAGCAGUAUAUUGCUGACAUGAAGAGCUUAAUGAUAAAGCUAGCAAGCUAAAUAUUAAUUUAAAAUAUUAAAUAUUAACUUUAAAAAAAAAACUGAUGCUUUGACAUUACGUCGUUAGGGCAACUUGAAUAUGUUGACAUAGAAUUCUCACCCAGUAUUCGAUCUGAUUCAGCAUCACUAGAGAUUCCUGGAGACAGGUCUGCCCUCCUGAAAAACGACCUCUAGAAAAGGUGGUGAUCCAACACCUCAUAUCCAGUGACAGCAAGUUCAUGGAUCUGGCUUUACCUCUUGCUCAUAAUUUCAAAAAAGCACGUCUGUUCUAUAAAUUUCUUCAGCUGAUUUCUUAUUUCACUCAGCUCUUUCCUGGUGCACCAGUUUUUACUGAUUUCUGCUUUUGUACGUUUGUGUGCAUAGAUGUUAGAGAUGUGUGAGAAUGAGUGAGAUUUGGUGCAUGGAAUGUGGGUAAAAGUGUAAAUCGGAAUUGUGCAUGUUUUGAUUUUUGGAAAGGAUAGCCUGGCUUGGGCUAGGAUGAUGUGCUGAAAAAAAGAGUUAUUAUUUCAUGCAACUGUGAGCUGUAUUAAACUAUAUUCAAUUAAAA